AUGCCUGCUGAGGACGAGAUUCCCCAUUCCAGUUCCGAAGCAAGACUUUCAUCUAAUCAGUCAUUACCAAGUAAAAAACAAUCCACUCAAAAACCGAAAGACCACGUACAACGACGCGAGCGCAGGAGAAUCGAACUUUUUAUUGGUUAUUCAGAUGAAAAUAAUACCGCAAAUCUGCCACAAAAACAGAAUCCAUCAUCGUCGUCAUCAUCACCACCACAAGUCAAAAAUAUUAAGCAAAAUGACAAUCAAGAAGCAGAGCAUAUUGUCUAUAUACCAGUCUUACCACACAGUGAAUCAGGUUCAGAAGUGGAGAAAUUGCAAGAAACAAUAUUAAAUCGUCUUCGACAUGGUCAUCGUGUUCAUCCGAAACAUUGUCAGUGUCUAUCAAAAAUUGGUGUUGGUAUUUUAUAUACUCAGCUUUUGAUUCAUAACAUAAGCCAACAUUUGCAUUGA